AUGGCAGCUACUGAAUCCGGGUCUCCUCGCAUGGAGGCCAAGGGAAUGGCCGACGCUCCAAAGUUCAACGGAAACAUGAAUUCCGAGGCGGCCGCUUUGGCUCGCGAAAAGGGCUGGGCCGAACCUCAGCACUAUAAUUACGCGACUUACAAUGCUAGUCCGCUCACUGGCGGUGCGACAAGCGGAGAAUAUGAGGCACCUACUUGGGCUUCGACUGCCGCCAAGUACGAAUGGAAAGACGAAUAUGGCGAUGUGGGCCCGCGAAACGAAGAACUUGAACAGAUGCUCUUCCGUGAUGAGUAUACCAACCGCGCUGGCAACCUUUUCGAGAAUUUGCGUGAGAUCAAGGUUACCGCUGAGACUACUCAUCAGCCUAACCCUAUCAAGAGUUUCGACGAUGCCGGACUUCACCCAGUCUUGCUUGAAAACGUGAAACUUUGUGGCUAUGAGGUCCCUACUCCGGUUCAGGCCUACUCUAUUCCAGCUGUCAUGAACGGCUAUGAUUUGAUUGCUGUGGCUCAAACCGGCUCCGGCAAAACUGCAGCUUUUUUGAUUCCGGUUCUUUCCAAGCUGAUGGGAAAGGCGAAAAAACUUGCUGCCGCACGUCCAGACCUUACCAAUGGUUUCAAUGAAAGUGUCGACUCCGUUCGUGCAGAACCGCUUGUCCUAAUUGUUGCGCCGACACGCGAGUUGGCAACUCAAAUUUUCGAUGAAGCUCGUCGCCUUUGCUAUCGCUCCAUGCUUCGUCCCUGCGUCAUUUAUGGCGGUGCUCCUGCUCGUGAGCAGCGCAUCGAUUUGCACAAGGGAUGUGAUAUUCUUAUUGGAACUCCAGGAAGAAUCUUGGAUUUUAUGGGCAGGAACAGCCUGCUGUCCCUCCAUCGCGUCAAGUAUACUAUCAUCGAUGAAGCAGACGAAAUGUUGCACUCUAACUGGGAGCGUGAAUUCACCCAGAUCAUGUCUGGUGGAGAUGUCAACGAGGAUGCAGACCAUUGCUACAUGAUGUUUUCUGCUACGUUCAACAAAGAAUGUCGCCAAGUCGCUCGUCGUUUCCUUUCCAUUGAUCAUGUCCGUAUCCGCAUUGGUCGUGCUGGGAGUUCUCACCUGAAUGUCACCCAGCAAGUCAUCUACACCGAAGAUGAUAAGAAGAAGAAGGCUCUCUACGACUUGAUUCUGUCUAUCCCGCCGUCUCGUACCUUAGUCUUUGUCAACAACAAGCAGCAGGCAGAUUUGCUGGAUGAUUUUUUAUUUAACAAUGGUCUUCCAAGUACUUCUAUCCACUCUGAUCGCACUCAGCGUGAGCGUGAAGACGCUAUCCGUGCAUUCCGAACUGGUGUUUGCCCCAUCAUGGUUGCUACCGGCAUUUCUGCUCGUGGCCUGGAUAUCCGUCAUGUUAUGCAUGUUAUCAACUUUGACUUGCCAAGCGUCGAACAUGGUGGUAUUGACGAGUAUAUCCACCGCAUCGGGCGCACUGCAAGAAUUGGAAACGAAGGACUCGCCACCUCUUUCUACAACGACGGUCGCGACUCCGCCAUCGCAACGGACUUGGUCAAGGUUCUUCUCGAAUGCAAGCAGCAAAUUCCGGACUUCCUCGAAGCAUAUGUCCCAGAAAACGGCGAAGUUGAGUGGAACGACGACACAGAUGGUGAAGACGAUGACUUGGACGUUGCAGCCACCGAUGCAGCUUGGGGCGGGGAGAACGACGGUUGGGAUGCACCUGCUGCGCCGGCUCCUGUCUCGAAAACCGAUGAUUGGAACGCAGGCAACACUGGCGCCGCUUGGUAA